AGGUGUUUGACAGUUUGCUGAACACUCAGCUUGAUAAAGUACACAUACACGACAACCAAUUUGGUUUCAAGUCAGGUCUUUCAACUGAGACGGCUAUAUUGUGUCUAAAGCAAACUGUCAAAUACUACACAGAUAAAAAUACGCCCAUUUUUGGUUGUUUUCUUGACUUGUCGAAAGCAUUUGAUCUGGUUUCCUACGAUAUUCUAUGGCAAAAACUACAUCGGACACCUAUGCCAGAGGAACUAAUCCGUACUCUAAAAUAUUGGUAUGGGAACCAGAUCAACGUUGUUCGGUGGUCGGGGGCGUAUUCGACACCAUACAGGUUGGAGAGCGGCGUGAGGCAGGGGGGGCUGACUUCGCCGAAACUUUUUAACCUGUAUGUAAACGCACUGGUGGAGGAGCUCAGCAGCACACAUGUCGGCUGCCAUAUUGAUGGAAUAUGCCUUAAUAAUAUUAGCUACGCGGACGACAUGGUGCUGCUGAGUGCUUCAGCAGGUGGAUUGUCGCAGCUGCUUGACAUUUGCGAAAAAUAUGCCAGCCAACACGGGUUGCAGUACAACGCAAAGAAAAGUGAGUGGAUGGUCUUUCAGGCUCGGGGAAGCUCCUUAAGUCAAACACCUCAAAUUAAAUUGAACGGGUAUCCCCUAAAUAGGGUAGAACAAUUUAAAUACCUUGGGCAUAUUCUUACUCCGGACUUGAAAGACGACACUGACAUCGAAAGGGAGCGUAGAGCGUUGUCUGUUCGAGCAAAUAUGAUAGCACGCAGAUUUGCUCGUUGUUCAAGAGACGUCAAAAUCACCCUGUUCAGGGCAUUUUGCACGUCCUUCUACACGAGCAGUCUGUGGGUGAAUUAUACGCAAAAGCAGUACAGCGCUCUACGCGUCCAGUACAAUAAUGCAUUCAGGAUGCUGUUGGGGCUGCCUCGCUUCUGUAGCGCUUCGGGGAUGUUCGCCGACGCGCGCGUGGAUUGUUUUUAUACAACCAUGCGCAAGCGGUGCACAUCCCUGGUGCGCAGGGUGCGGGUCAGCCCAAAUAGUAUCCUGAGAGCAUUUGCAGAGCGCUUUGACUGCCUGUACGUGUAUCACUGUGACAUGGUACAUGUACGGGCUAACGUGGAAAUAUUAUUUUAA